GGGGGGGGGGACACGCCGACAGCACUGGAGAGAGAGAGAGAGAGAGAGAGAGACAGAGAGUUCUGCAGCAGCAUGCUUCAACAGAGUACCCAACUCCUGCGCGAGGACUAGCCAGACUCCUGACCUGUGCGCUAAGUUCAAGGCUGAUUUCCUCAACUUUUUCAAGCCCACUUCUCAACAAAUUUGACUCUAGGCUACAGACAACACAUCAUCUUCCGUGUCACUUCCCAGCCGUGGAUGAGAGCAAGGAGCGUGGAUGGUUAUGUUUGAAAAGGAGUCAGGACAGCCUCUGGACCAGUCGACCGCGACAGCGAUGCCUUCCAACAAAUACUCUGCUGCUAUCAUGGAGGAGAGCAACAAGAUGACGGCCACAGCACCGGUUAAUGGAGACACGGCUCCAGCUGAGGGCCUAUCAGAGAAUGACAGUGGCGUGGAGCUGAUUAAUGAGAACAGCCCUCUGACCGCGGCUGAACCGCCCUCCCCCUUCAGCCCCAAGCAGAACGGAGAUGCCGCCUCACCUCAAGAUGGUAACCAGUGUUCAGGGGGAAGCAGGAAGAGGAGCAGGAAGAGGUCAGAGGAGGAGGAAGCUACCUGGGACUCCUACAGCAAGGACAAGACUUCGGGAGCGUCUCAGUUGAGUUUGAGACAGACGCCUCGACCCAGGACCAUCUUCCAGGCCGGUCUGACGCGGCACACACACAACAAACCUCGCAGGCAGAGCCGCAAACAGGAGCACAGCAUGUUACUGUGCGGUGGUGGUGGUGGUGGUGCUCCUCGGUUGGCUGUGGCCGUGGCUGUGUCCGGCAGGGUCCCCGAGGCACCCCGUCUGGAGUUGAUGGAACAAGACUCCAAGGACUCGGCCCAGAGCAUCAGCACCUCGUCUAGCUCCGAGAUCCAGCCGGAGUACAAUGACAGCAAGGGUUUUGGCAUCGGGGAGCUGGUGUGGGGGAAAAUCAAGGGCUUCUCCUGGUGGCCCGGCAUCGUGGUGACGUGGCGCGCCACCGGCAAGCGACAGGCCAGCCACGGCAUGAGGUGGCUGCAGUGGUUUGGAGACGGCAAGUUCUCUGAGGUUUCUGCAGACAAACUGGACUCCAUCACUGCCUUCCCCAAGUUCUUCAGCCAGGCUUCAUACACCAAGCUGGCAUCGUACCGCAGGGCGAUCUUCCAAGCACUGGAGAUGGCCAGCAUCCGGGCGGAGAAGAAGUUUCCCCCUUGUGAGUCCGACAAUCUAGACGACCAGGUCAAGCCCAUGCUGGACUGGGCCAAUGACGGCUUCCUGCCCAAAGGAGAGGAGGGACUCAAACCUACGCACAGUGCCGACAGUAACCCUCUGGACCACCAGGUCCUCGAUGUUUCCCUGCCAGAGUAUUUCCCCAGCGCCAAGCGGCCGAAAGCCAGCGUCUGCAAGAGCAAGGCCGCCCAUGAGGAGUCCUAUAGCAGAGAACAAAUGGUGAAUGAAGUUCUGAAGAAUAAAAGAAGUAUAGAAGAGUUCUGUCUCUCUUGUGGAAAGACGAGAACAGCAACCUUCCACCCGCUGUUUGAAGGAGGCCUGUGCCAAACAUGCAAGGACGUGUACCUGGAGAUGUCCUACAUGUACGACGAUGACGGUUACCAGUCCUACUGCACCGUCUGCUGUGGAGGUCGAGAGGUUUUUCUCUGCGGCAACGCCAACUGCUGCAGGUGUUUCUGCGUGGACUGUCUGGACAUCCUGGUCGAUCCCGGGGCGUCUAACAACGCUCGCUAUCUGGACCCAUGGCGAUGCUACAUGUGCCAGCCGCUGAUGCAGUACGGCGUCCUGAAGCAACGGCAUGACUGGAGCCUCAAGCUGCAGGAGUUCUUUGCCAACGACAACGGACAGGAGUUUGAGAAACCAAAGAUUUACCCAGCAGUCCCUGCAGAGCAGAGACGACCAAUCAGAGUCCUCUCCCUGUUUGAUGGCAUUGCUACUGGCUACCUGGUUCUGAGGGACCUGGGUUUUAAGGUGGACCAGUAUGUGGCGUCAGAGGUGUGUGAAGACUCCAUCUCAGUGGGGGUUGUCAGACAUGAAGGAAAGAUCCAGUACGUCCAUGAUGUCAGGAACAUUUCUAAGAAAAACCUUCUGGAUUGGGGUCCAUUUGACCUGGUGAUAGGAGGAAGUCCCUGCAACGACCUGUCAAUCGUCAAUCCUGCCAGAAAAGGGCUCUAUGAAGGCACAGGGAGGCUGUUCUUUGAGUUUUACCGUCUGCUGAGCGAGGCCAAGCCCAAAGAAGGAGAGGACCGGCCGUUUUUCUGGAUGUUUGAGAAUGUGGUCGCCAUGGGCGUCAACGACAAGAGGGACAUCUCACGAUUCCUGGAGUGUAACCCUGUGAUGAUCGAUGCUAUCGAAGUCUCUGCUGCUCACCGUGCCCGAUAUUUCUGGGGAAAUCUACCUGGUAUGAACAGGCCUCUGUGUGCCUCUGGGAUGGACAAGCUGGAGCUGCAGGACUGUCUGGAUCACGGCAGAGUUGCAAAGUUCGGGAAGGUGCGCACCAUCACUACUCGCUCCAACUCCAUCAAACAAGGAAAGGAUCAACACUUCCCUGUCCUGAUGAAUGGAAAGGAGGACAUACUGUGGUGCACUGAGCUAGAGAGGAUCUUUGGCUUCCCUGUCCACUACACAGACGUGUCCAACAUGGGUCGCGGUGCCAGACAGAAGCUCCUGGGCCGGUCCUGGAGUGUCCCCGUCAUCAGGCAUCUGUUUGCACCAUUGAAAGACUACUUCGCCUGUGAAUAGAUGCCACCCGCCACCAGCAAACAGACGCCACUUAUGAUUACACACCAGCUUUCCUAUCGGGAUAUUGGCUCCAGCAUUCAUUAUCUGCCAGCCAAAUCAUUUUGCAAAGAGCUGGAAGUUUUCUCCACUCUGGCAGGCCAGAAAAAAAGUGUAGCUGGAAAAUAGUGGAAGUACCUGUUAGUUUAGUCCAGCUCUUUCUGGAUCCUGGUGAUGACACACUGUGGCCUUAAAAACACGUAAUACACACUAACACAGAGAUACAGACAUAGAGCUUAGGCUGUGUGUUAUCACUAACACGGGGAGGGUCAAUGGUCAGUGUCCCUGAGGUCAGUAGAGUAAUGGGACUGUUGGAUGUUUAACAUUAGACCUGUACAGUGAUUUUAACAGGAUUUUCCUUUUGUUUUAAAAUGCCCUUGGAAGGCAUGGUUUGUAAGUUGACAACACUUAGUAGUUUAAGAAAGAUAGAGAACAACAUGGCACAGGCGGUUCAGCUGUUAAGUGGCUCUGUUUCAUUUUUUUACAUUUUUUAAUUUUUGUAGGAAGAGUAAAACAUUUCAUGGGACGCUCAUUUAGCUGAUGAUUAAAAUGCUGAUACAGGCUGUUAAUCUAAACACUUGAACCAAAGUCAUUAGAUGGACCGUUUUUGGGCUACAGCUGUUCCACUCUCCUCGGGACAGAAAACCCACCUCGGGCCAGAAAAGCCAAAACAUGACAUUGGGGGUUUUCUGUCCAAUUUCAAAUAUGAUAAAAAUACACAACUGCACUGGAUAAUAAAGGAAUUAACCAGGAUAAAUCAAUGAUUAUUUUUGUGAAAUUAACAACAUAUACCCUGAGUAUAAGUCAAACAGGUGCUGUAAAGCCUUGUGCGAGCUGUAAUUAUGCAAUGCUAACACAAAUGACAAGUUGCUUAAAGAGAUGUGUCUGUCAUGGCAGUGUCGGCAGUGUGUUUAGAGGAAGUGUGUUUGUCUUCCCUCCAUGGCGCCGGCGUCAUCCGGCGGAUCUUGGCAGACCCCCGCUGCUCAAAGCUCUGUGCACUGGCGCCACGGAGGGUGCAAACGCCCUUCAUCUAAACACACAAAGAUGACACAGAGCUGCACUAAAUUUGACAGAGUAUCUAUUUAAAUAGAUACUUCCCUAGACUAUUUAGAUAUAUCGAUUUGAAUUUGGAAAGAAAACCAUACUAUCAUGUUUGAGUUUUUCAAAAGACCAAUGAAAGACGCGCUCUGGAGGAAAUGACAUGCGGCGGCGGGAGCGAGUAAAAGCGAGAUAGUACAAGCUAACCUGGAGGUGAAGUUGGAUUUUGUCUUUAAAUCAAGAUGAGAUCAUAUUCCUAGAUUUUUUUUACCGUUUAUCUUUUGCUCUGACAUCAGCUCAUUUGAGCAAAAUAGCUUCCUUAAAAAGGAACUUUUAUUAAAGAAUAUAUACAAAUGUUUUUUUUGUAUAGAUAGUGUGAAACUUUUGAGUUAUAAUGUCACUGCCACAUCUCCCUGAUAGCUACAUACAAGUACUUGAAACAAGCCAAUGCAAAAACAGAGAUACAUAGGAAGUUUUUUUUGUCUUUUGCAAACCGUUCCAGAUUCCAGACAACUAAGAAUUAAACGCUGAUGACAUUUAUCCUACUGUAGAAGUUCAGAUCUUAUCUUAAAAUAACAUUUUUCAGUUCAUUGGACUGGCUGGAUGCAGGGUCUCCACGUGUGGCUAAUCCUGGUUAGAAAAGUUCAUUUGAACCCAGGAAAGAGUGUGUGUCACUGUUCCUAAAAAUGGUGGGAAACACUGGUGAACACGCAAUAUUUUUUGUGGAGUUUUUCAAAACAUUUGACAAGAGGACAUCCAUUAAAAAAUGUUCUCUAUAAUGCUGGAUAACGCUGUGCUUUGGUACACAGUAUGCAUCAAUAAUUACAAGCAAUUGUGAAAAAAUAAUACUGAAUGUGUAGUACAGAAUGUGUUGCUGCGAGAAGGAGUGUUUUUCUGUGGGACUUCAAACACAACACAUUUUUUGCAAUCAUUUACAUUCAUAAAACUCAAUAAUGAUAAAUAUUUUAUUUACAAUCAUACCGUAUGCUUGAGAUUUAGCUCACCAGAAGGGUGGGUGCUGACAUGUCCAUACUCACAAAACUUUCCGUAUUACUUUGAAAUAUAUAUGUUUUUUGUUUUUUUUAUAACUAGAAGAUGCUGUUGACUGUCACCAAAUCAUACUAAGUGGGCAUUACCUCAGACAAAGAGGCGACUGUACAUCCCUCCUCCAUUAGGAUCUUGGUUGUGUGACUAUAUAUAUUGUAGCUUCAUGUUCCCAAAGCUUGUAUUUUAUCACUGGAACUUUUUUUUGUACUUGUUUUGCGUAACAUAUGGAUAUAAAGGUUUACAAGUGUUUUAAGUCUCUUGUUUGA